AUGCGCCGCAACACCCUCCGCAAGACCACAGACGACGAGCCUACCGAAGCGUUUCCGGUGUCGGCUAGGUCCUCUGCUGUUAUGCACAUCUGGGAACCAGAGCACUUGUCCCAGUCUAGCACGUCCGUCCAGCUCCAACCCGACAGCAUAUAUCACACCGAGGACGUCGAUCAUACCCCUCCCCUUGAGCCGUCGGCCGCGCUCGACCUCAACCGGACCCUCACCGCGUCCUCCACCCGCGCCCCCCACGUCCUCCUCCGCCUCCAUCGCCUCCCUCGCCUCCUGCCGCGCCGAGCCGAGCUCCUCCCCGCGCGCCCCCACCUUCGCCCGCUCCGACGUCCGCCCUCCCCGAGCACCCCCGCACCCACGCCAGCGCCCCUUCCGCUCCGCCCCGCCCACGUCCCCAGCCCGGCCGCCGCGCUGCUCACCGCGCUCCGCGUCGCGCUCUUCCCCGCGUGGGUCCUCGCCGCGGGCGGCGCGCUCGUUCUCUUCCCGCGGCACCUCUCCCCCGCCGUCUUCGCCCCGGGCUACCUCCCGCGCGCGGACGGCGGCGGCGCGCUCGCGCGCUUUGCGGCGCUGAAGGAGCACGCGCGCGACCUCGCGGCGUGCUUCGCGUACGCGGUCCUCCUCGCGCCCGCGUACGUCCCCGCGGGCGCGCGGCCGUGGGCGGCGGCCGGCGUCGCGCUCGUGCUCGUGCGCGCGGCGUGGGUGUGGUGGGGGUACGAGCCGGCGCGGCGGGUGGUGGCGGGGCGCGGUGGGGAUGGGAAAGGGAAGGAGAGGCGGGCGGAGGGAGCGGGCGAGGGCGAGGGCGAGGGCGAGGGCGAGGAGUGCGUGCAUGAGUGGCUGGGGAGGGACGACAUGGAGACCCUGUGGCUGCUGGCCAACGAGGGCGCUCAUUGGCGAGAGUGCAGUCUGGAGUGCACCUGUCGGCGUGGAGAGGAAGACGGGGUGCCUCUGUGGGACGAAGAGGUCGAGGCGGACGACGGCGAUGAUGGGCAUGACGGCGAUGGGGUCUGGGACGACUCUGUCGAGCUGAGGGAGGAGCGAGAGUGCGAACUCAUGUUGUCGGAGGACGCAUGA